AUGAACCUUGAAGUUUACACUACUGAAGCUCUGGCCACUACCGCCUUCAAGAAGCAAGUGAUUAUUGUAUUUUUUGUGUAUGUGGCAUACCUCAUCAUUGGUGGAUGUUUAUUUGUCAUGAUUGAAAGAGAAAAUGAGGUGGAGAGUCUAAAACGGGAUAUGGAUAUUUUGCGCCUGGCUCGAAGUAAAUUAGAUCUACUUGUUAAUAAUAACUCUGACGUGGGUAUAAUUUUGGCAGCAAGUGCGGAGAAUAUCAGUGAUACUGAGACAAUUACUGCCUUCAAGAUGAAACAUAUAGAACUAAAAAAUUCUACCACAAAGCAUGACAAACUGGAGAACUUUUUUGGCGACAAAUUCUUUUUCUCCGUUAUAUUAAUUACAACUGUUGGUUAUGGUGAUACAGCUCCAAGUUCUGAGAUCGCGCAAGUUGUAUGCAUCAUAUACAUUUUUCUAGGAAUACCUCUCCAUGCGGUGCUCAUGCGUUUAUUAGGGCUGAAGUUCCAUGGAGGAUUUAGAUGGAUUUUCAGGAAAACGAAACUGUUAUUAAACCCGACGCAGUGGGGGAAAUUUUUAACUGGAAUAUUCUACUACGGUCUGUGGAUCUCGCUUUUCUUCUUCAUACCUAGCGUGCUAUUCAGAACUAUGGAGUACUGGACAUAUUCCCAAGCCCUCUACUUUUGUUUUGUGUCACUUUCUACUAUUGGACUUGGUGACCUGGUUGCAGGUUUGACAUCGCAUCAUCUAAAUAAUGUAUUUUAUGCCCCAUAUUUGCUGACACUGUCUUCAUGGAUAAUUUUUGGUGUGACGUUUGUUUCAUCGAUGCUGGACCGCAUAUCGUAUUAUAUUAGCAAAUUUAUAUUUACUGGCAUUGAAAGUAAGUGUAGAAAGAUGGCAGAAGCUCAAGCCAAGAUAAAACCUAUUUCAAAUUUUAUGGCAGAAUUGAAUUGGAAUUUGGCUAAAUAUACACCUAAGGGAUUUGAAAAUUGGAAGGACUUGGAAGAUUUCGAGACACUUUGUUUGGAAAACCCGCAUCAUGUUACACCAGAAAUUUUGAAAAACGUCAAUGUCAUCUUGGAUAGCCUCAAAGAAAAAACUAACGAAGAACUUAGCUCAAUCAACUUGGAAGACGAACAAACAGAGCUUCCGUUAGAUGAAUAUGCAACACUAGAUGCCAAGACACUGGUGAAAUAUUAA